AUGGCAUCCACCACCCCAGAUAUGAUUGCCCGUGCUUUUGACCCCGAAGGGCUCGACCACAUUGAGGAGCAGCUCGCCCAGCUGCGUCGUGUUGACCUCACCGCCAAGUUUGACCGCAACCAUGCUGCCGUUCUUGUUGCUCUUUGCCAUGACCAUAACCGGGACCCUGCAGUCCUCUUCACGCUUCGCAGUUCCGAGCUUCGCAGCCACCGAGGCGAAGUCAGCUUUCCAGGCGGUCACGUGGACCCUGAGGAUCACGACGACGUGGCAGCAGCCAUUCGGGAAUGUCAAGAAGAAAUCUUCCUCACCCCGCAACGCAUCCUUGGCCGCUGGCACGACGUGACAAACAAGAAUGCCACCGCCGCCGUCACACCCUGUGUCGCCUACCUGGGCCACGUCGACGCACGCAACCAAGCCUUCAAUGAAAGCGAGGUUGCAGAGGUGUUUACAGUGCCGCUUGCCACCCUUAUGGACCCGCGCUUCCGUUCCACCUGGUCGACCUCGCGCUUCCCCGGCGUCAAGAUGCCCCAGUUUGACGGCGCGCCCCACCGCAUCUGGGGCCUGACAGCCUACAUUUUAAGUGGUGUACUCAACUCAGCCAUCUUCCCUACCACCCAGCACUAG